CGGACCGACCCGUUGAUACCACAACGCUAGGUAUAUAACGACAAUUUAAUUUACGGUUAUCCCUCUUUUGAAACCCUAAUUGGGUCCCAUCUUCAAUUCUGCACUGAAUUUCUACAGUAGCCGAAUAGCCAUCGUCUGAUGGCGAAGCAGAAGGAGAAAUCGGUGAACGUUUCGGGAAAGCCGAAGCAUUCGUUGGAUGUUAAUAGAGGUGCGAACAAAUCCAAAAAUGGGCGGAGCGGCGCUACUGUGCGACGGCUUAAGAUGUAUGACACGCGGCCAAAGCGUAACACCAAAGGGAAGAUUUUGAAGAACGAUUUGCAGUCUAAGGAGUUGCCGUCCACUCGGAUUCAACCUGAUCGCCGGUGGUUUGGCAACACCCGUGUUGUAAAUCAGAAAGAGCUUGAAUUUUUCCGAGAGGAACUUCAAAACCGUCUCUCAAGCAACUACAAUGUACUUUUGAAGGAAAGGAAGAUCCCCAUGUCCCUCUUGAAUGAUCAUCAGAAGCAAGCAAGAGUUCACCUUAUCGACACAGAGCCUUUUGCUGAUGCCUUUGGUCCUAAGACAAAGAGGAAGCGGCCAAAGCUGAUGGCAUUUGAUUAUGAAUCACUAUUGAAGAGGGCUGAUGGAUCUCAAGAUGCAUUUGAAGAGAAAUAUGGUGCUAAUACAUCCUUUGAAGGAAGUGAAGAUGGGUUCAGAGAUCUUGUUCGGCACACAAUGUUUGAGAAGGGUCAAAGUAAGCGCAUAUGGGGAGAGCUCUAUAAAGUGAUCGAUUCUUCAGAUGUUGUUGUCCAGGUGCUAGAUGCCAGAGAUCCUCAAGGUAUGAGAUGCUACCAUUUGGAGAGACAUUUGAAGGAGCAUUGCAAGCACAAGCACAUGAUUCUUCUAUUAAAUAAGUGUGAUUUGGUUCCAGCUUGGGCUACAAAAGGAUGGCUUAGAAUACUUUCCAAGGAAUACCCUGCUCUAGCAUUUCAUGCAAGCAUAAACAAGUCAUUUGGCAAGGGUUCUCUUCUAUCAGUAUUGAGACAAUUUUCCCACUUAAAAAGUGACAAACAAGCUAUAUCUGUGGGUUUUGUUGGUUAUCCCAAUGUUGGAAAAUCAUCAGUCAUCAAUGCUCUGCGAACAAAGAAUGUUUGCAAGGUUGCACCAAUUCCUGGAGAGACUAAAGUGUGGCAGUAUAUAACUCUCACAAAGAGGAUCUUUCUCAUCGAUUGCCCUGGAGUUGUUUAUCAAAGUAGUGACACGGAAACUGAUAUUAUCUUGAAGGGCGUGGUAAGCAAAUCAUUGAAUUUGUUGCCAUACCACCAUAUAUUUACUGAUCCUGAUCUUUCGUCUAUGACAAGACAUGAUUUUAGUUGAUUUCCUGUUUAGAAA